UAUAGUGAAUGCAGGGUCCAGACCAGAUAUAGUGAAUGCAGGGUCCAGGGAGACCGGAUAUAGUGAAUGCAGGGUCCGGGGAGACCAGAUAUAGUGAAUGCAGGGUCCGGGGAGAGCAGAUAUAGUGAAUGCAGGGUGCGGGGAGACCGGAUAUAGUGAAUGCAGGGUCCUGGGAGACCAGAUAUAGUGAAUGCAGGGGUCCGGGGAGACCAGAUAUAGUGAAUGCAGGGUCCGGGAGACCAGAUAUAGUGAAUGCAGGGACCGGGGAGACCAGAUAUAGUGAAUGCAGGGUCCGGGGAGACCAGAUAUAGUGAAUGCAGGGUCCGGGGAGACCAGAAAUCGUGAAUGCAGGGUCCGGGGAGACCAGAAAUCGUGAAU